AUGGCGGCGUGCGCUAGACCAACCAGCAUCAGAGUUAUGCCUCUUGCCACACAGCCCACCUCAUUAACAUUACCGUGGUGCCCUACUGCCACCACUUUGCUGCCACCACCACUAGACCUGACCAACAAACCAAUUACCGAUCCUCAGGUGCCAUCUCUUCACUGCUGGGCCUACUUUGCUGAAGUCACUGCUGCCGAUUUCAGAUCCAAUGCUAGUUCAGGAAAAGAAAUUCCAAUCCGGUUUGUGCGUAUAAAUCUGAUUCGUGUGACAAGUCAUGAAAUUUCCAUUUCCUGGAACACCAAGAAUGUAUUCACCCUGACUGUAUAUGAGGUCAUUUUAACCAGUACAACUAGUGAAGAAUUGAAAUUUACGACAAACAAAAAAAAAGCAGUAUUCAGGGAUCUGCUUCCUGAUGUUAACUAUAACGUUUUGGUCUUGGUAAACUCUUGCAGCCAACAACAGUCAAUACAAAGAAGAAUCCGGACACGUGCUAAAGUGCUGAAAGCAAGGACAAGAAUUAGAAACAGGACUUUUGUACCACAACUUCGAGACAGAACAAGUCAGAUAUACAAGGAAUUUGUAAAGAAUUUCAUUCAAGAUUUGCUUCGCAGAGUAACCCAGAGAUUCUUAUCCUUGUACAAUCGCAAUCUCCUGAGAAUUGUCAUACUUCGUCUUACACCAGGGAGUGUGGACGUGAACUUUGACAUUGUACUGUCAUUAGAUGAAAAUGUUACUUUGAAUGAAACCAAAGAAGAAUUUGCUAAUUCCUUAAACAGGAGUACAGAGUUUGACAUAGAUAUUACAAACACUAAUAUAGCAGAGAGGGACAGCUGCCAACCUGAGAUCAAUGAUUGUUCUGGUAAUGGGACUUGUAUAAGACAAAACUCAACUUACACUUGUCAGUGCAAUGCUGGAUUUAAUGAUACAAGCCCCGAUACACCAGGAAGGAUCUGUGAAGACAUUGACGAGUGUCAGACGGGGAACAACACAUGCUCUGCAUUAGCCACCUGUACAAACACUCCAGGGAAUUUCACGUGCAGCUGUUUAGCGGGAACGACGGACACCAAUCCGGCAAAUCCAGGAACACAGUGCAUAGACAUUGACGAGUGUCAGACGGGGAACAACACAUGCUCUGCAUUAGCCACCUGUACAAACACUCCAGGGAAUUUCACAUGUAGCUGUUUAGUGGGAACGAUGGAUACCAAUCCGGCAAAUCCAGGAACACAGUGUACAGAUAUUGACGAGUGUCAGACUGGGAACAACACAUGCUCUGAUUUAGCUGUCUGCAGGAACACUCCAGGGAAUUUCACUUGUAGCUGCUUCCAGGGAAUAAUCGAUAGCAAUCCAGCAAACCCAGGAACACAGUGCAGAGAUCCCAAUAUCUGUUUCCUCAACAGUGGAAAUAUUUGUGCUUUGUCGGACUGCAUGGUGUCUAAAGUCAGCAACUGCAAUAACAAAAUUGCAUUCAGAAUGCAGGUGAUAUUGCGAUCGAGAGUAUUCUCCAAUGACCUGAAAAAUCCUGCGAGUGAAGCCUACAGGAACCUGUCUGACAGUUUUAUAAACACAGUUGUGCCAAGAACUCAGACCAAUCUCGAUGAUCGUAGUUUUAACAUCUUCAUUGUUGGCUUCCAAAAUGGAAGUGUAGUGGUAAAUUUCCUGUCUGUGUUGAAUGACACCUCAACAGUUAACAGAAGCAGCCUCCUCACUGCUGUUGGUGCUGCAGCUAAAGCACUGGAUAGUAAUAGUUCAGUCACCAUAACGGAGAGGGACAGAUGCCAGUCAGGGCUGAACGACUGUUCAGGUAAUGGAACUUGUAUACAACAGAACACAACUUUUACUUGUCAGUGCAAUGUUGGGUUCAAUGACGCAAGACCGAAUACACCAGGAAGGAUCUGUGAAGAUAUUGACGAGUGUCAGACGGGGAGCAACAAAUGCUCUGCAUUAGCCACCUGCACAAACACUCCAGGGAAUUUCAUGUGUAACUGUUUAACGGGAACAAUGGAUACCAAUCCAGCAAACCCAGGAACACAGUGCACAGACAUUGACGAGUGUCAGACGGGGAACAACACAUGCUCUGCAUUAGCCACCUGUACAAACACUCCAGGGAAUUUCAUGUGUAGCUGUUUAGUGGGAACGAUGGAUACCAAUCCGGCAAAUCCAGGAACACAGUGUACAGAUAUUGACGAGUGUCAGACUGGGAACAACACAUGCUCUGAUUUAGCUGUCUGCAGGAACACUCCAGGGAAUUUCACUUGUAGCUGCUUCCAGGGAAUAAUCGAUAGCAAUCCAGCAAACCCAGGAACACAGUGCAGAGAUCCCAAUAUCUGUUUCCUCAACAGAGGAAGUAUUUGUACUUUGUCGGACUGCAUGGUGUCUACAGUCAAUAACUGCAAUAACAAAAUUGCGUUCAGAAUGCAGGUGAUAUUGCGAUCGAGAGUAUUCUCCAAUGACCUGAAAAAUCCUGCGAGUGAAGCCUACAGGAACCUGUCUGACAGUUUUAUAAACACAGUUGUGCCAAGAACUCAGACCAAUCUCGAUGAUCGUAGUUUUAACAUCUUCAUCAUUGGCUUCCAAAGUGGAAGUGUAGUGGUAAAUUUUCUGGCUGUGGUGAAUGACACCUCAACGGUUAAUAGAAGCAGCCUGCUCACUGCUGUUGGUGCUGCAGCUAAAGCACUGGAUAGUAAUAGUUCAGUCACCAUAACGGGUUCAACACAACUUACAACUGAGGCUCCUAUCCAGUCACAGACUGUCCCGACCUUGCAAUCAAAUCCUGGAACUGAAAAUCCUGGAUGGAGAGUGGCAGUGAUUGUUUUGGGAUCUGUUCUCGGUGUAGCCCUGCUCACAAUACUGGCAGUAGUGCUGGCACUGAUGUACGCAAAGAAAAAAUCCAGGAGAUAUAGCAUAGAAACAUCAGACAUUGUACGACAAAUCAACUAUUCAAAUCUAUAAAUGCAUCCAUAAACCUUAAUGAAGAAAUGUUGGCCAGUUUACUAAUUUUCCCAGGGUUUGGAUGCAAUACAUGCAACUUAAUUUUAUGGAACAUUUGAACCUUACGCAGGAUAAGUGUGGCAAAAAUAUGAGCUUGCAUUUAUAUUAAUAUUUAAAAAAAGAGUAUUAAAUUGAAUCUAAUGAUUGGUGGCAGAAUGUGUUUAACAAUAUAUACAAUAAUUAAUGAUUAGCAAUACCUCAUAGUCCUUAACAUGUCUUGUACAAUUCUCAGUUCUCAGAUUUGUAGAUCAUUUUUCUCAUUGGGAUUUCUGAUCCUCAAGUGACAGAAACCAAUACAUUCACAUGUCCUCUGCUUGAAGCUGUAUCAGACAGGUAAAUUGUCUGGUUUGGCACUGAACCGCACUAUUGUCAGCCAGUUCCCACAUUCAGCCUUGGGAGAAUCAUAGAACUUUAUAGCACUUUAUGGCCAUUCAGCCCAUUAUGUCUGCACUGGUAUGAGGUGAGCUUGCUGAUCUGAUUCAACAUGGUGACAGUGGCAGUACAAUUGUCCCCUGAGCCUUUGGACAGAGAGGAUGAGAUCAGGAUACUGCUUGACUGGUGUUACCAGUAAGUGAAAUAGCCUGGAAUCUGCAUUUAUGAAUGAAAAAUGGCCACUUAGUUGAGAUGUGGAAGGGCUUCUCCAUGCUCAG